AUGAAUCUGGCUUUUCUUAUAAUUUGUUCAGCAUUGUCCGAGACUGCGUUAGGGACAAAAAAAUUGCACACCUCUACCUCAAUUUCUACGAGAAUGAUGGACAUUACAACUCCACUAACAACAGUUCCAACAGCCAAUCCCAAUACUCCCAUCACCACCAGUCCAGUGCUAAAUCCAACAGUUUUUGGCCCCAACUCGCCUAGUGUCAUCAAUCCAGCCAAUCCCAUAAUGCCACCAACGACCCCGGCCGGUGGAAGCUGGUGUGUUGCUAGCCAAUCCGUGUCACAAACUGCAUUACAAGUUGCAUUAGACUAUGCUUGUGGCUAUAGUGGCGCUGAUUGUUCUGCAAUUCAGCCCGGUGGCGGCUGCUACAAUCCGAUCACAGUGCGCGAUCAUGCCUCGUACGCUUUCAAUAGCUAUUAUCAGAAGAAUCCAAUCCCCACUAGCUGCAAUUUUGGUGGCACUGCUGUAACCACUAGCACUGACCCAAGUUAUGAUACAUGUCAAUAUCCAUCAACUAGCACGAGUUCAUCGGUAUUGAACACAACCAAUUCAAGUGGAUCACGAGUUUUUGGCGCGGGACCAAUCACCCCCUUUAGCUCAGCACCUGAAAUUCCAAGAAGCUUCCAUGAUUUUCACUAUAUCUUGUUAUUAAUCAUUCAUUUUCUGGUUCUAAAUCAGAUGCAAAGACUAAUUUAG